UAAGCACAUUCUGCUGCAAAAAAUUGAGGUAAAAUACGUAAAACAAAUCAUGUAAUUUUGUGUUAAAAGAAAGGAGAAAAAAGAUAUACCGCAAAGAUUUAAGGAGGAGGACCAAACAUAUUCCCAUUCACCUGCCGGAAAAAGUGUUAUUUAAAUGGUAUAGUUUUACACAUGCGGAGGAUCACAUACGAUUCAUAUGUUGGUAUAGCUCUCGCUUCGAAUUAAUCAUCAGCAAUCAUCGCUAUCCCCACCGCUGCCGCCACUGCUUGUUUCUAUCAAUGGUUUUAUCGGCUCAAAUUGAAAUCGUACCUUUGAGACUGAGACGAUGACGGCGAUCUGGCAAAGUUUCUUGCGCAGUGGUGCAGCAACAACGUUUCCGUUAAGUAGCCGUGCGCAGUCUUCGCAGUCGGAAGUGAUUUGUGUUGCUGCAGAAAGUACUUUACUUUAGCACACUGGCCUUUGGCGUAUGACGAUAUGUAUGUGAUGUCGAGUUCAAGUGGCGCUUAAGGUACAUCGACAAACAAGCUUUCUUCAUUACUCUCUCAAUCACCAAUGGAAGCAACUGAUCGACAUUAUAUAGCCACGCUCGACGUUGGCACUACGACUAUUCGGUGCAUUAUAUACGCGGCAAGAACAAACGGAGAAACAUUCCCGGUCGGCACAGCCUAUGAUCACGUUAAAUUGAUUUAUCCGGCUCCGGGAUGGGUUGAAAUAAACCCGGAAAUACUAUGGACCAGUGUUUUACAAACCAUCCGACAAGCAACCGAAGAUGCGAACCUAUCGAUCGAUCAGCUCACCUGUUUGGCCAUAUCGACACAAAGAAAUAGUUUUACUUGUUGGAAUCGUAACACAGGCCAAGUGUACCAUAAUUUUAUCACUUGGAAAGACUUGCGGGCUGAUCAGCUGGUGAAAGAUUGGAACAACAGUCUAACGUUGCGUCUACUAAAGUUUGGGGCAAGCUUUCUACAUUUUUUCACCCGCAGCAAACGAUUUUUAGCAGGAAGUGUCAUCAAGAUGAUGAAUCCCCAGGUUACACUGCGGUUGUCCUGGGUUUUGCAAACAAAUCCCUCGCUUCAAGAGGAUUUGAAAAUUGGUAAUGUACUUUAUGGAACAAUUGAUUCAUGGUUAUUGUACCGUUUGCGCCAAGGAACCGAUCGUACAGGACUGGUGGAGCAUAUAAGCGAUGUUACCAACUGCACUUCUACAGGAUUCUACGAUCCUUUCGGUCAAGAAUGGGCUAGUUGGGCACUGAAUUUAUUUUCCAUCAAGAAAGAAUUACUUCCAAAAGUGGUCGAUAAUUCGUACGAUUUCGGUCACGUACAUGAGACACUUCUGGGAAAGAAAAUCAAAAUAGCGGCAUCGGUGAGCGAUCAGUCAGCCUCGUUGUGGGGUAACUGUUGUUUUGAACGGGGCGACGUAAAAAUCACUAUGGGAACAGGCUCCUUUCUCAACGUUAACACCGGAACAAAGUGCUUUGCUUCGGUGCAUGGACUCUAUCCGCUGGUAGGCUACAAGCUGCAGAGUGGAACUGGUUUGAUUGCUGACAUAAACUACCUCAUGGAGGGUUCGUCCAAUGAUACAGGAUCCAUCAUCGAAUGGGCGCUUAAUAUGGGUUUGUUCCAGGAUCCAGCAGAAAGCGCCACUAUGGCGCUGUCUGUCCCAAACUCAGACGGCGUCCUAUUCGUCCCUGCCUUCAGUGGACUUGGUCCACCUGUUCAGGACGAUAACGCCGGAAGUGGAUUUAUCGGGAUUAAGCCCUCCACGCGUAAAGAACACAUGGUUCGAGCCCUACUGGAAAGUCUCGCUUUCCGUGUGGCUCUUCUGUACGAUUGUGCUCUGAAGGAAACGGGUUUCUCUUUCAGCAGCAUCAAGGUUGAUGGAGGUGUUUCUAAGAAUGAUUUCAUCUGCCAGACACUGGCCAAUUUGACAGGCAUUGAUGUGGAACGGGGUAAAGUGACGGAUUCAACAGCGAUGGGUGCAAUGUUCAUGGCUGGGAUAAAUUGCGGCAUCUGGAACACGAAGCGACAGCUGAUUGAUGUAAGGAAAGUAGAGAAAAAGUUUUCGCCGGAUAUGGUUCAGAGAGAAAAGCAGCUAAAACAGCUGCGAGGUUGGGAGCGAGCGGUGGAUCGAUUUAAAAAAUGGUACAUACUGGAGGACAUUAAAAAUCUAGACUGAUUUUGUGAUAAUUUUUUUUAUAUAAUAGCGAGGCAAUGAGCAAUAAACAUUGGGUGGGUUGUAAAACGGUAA